UUGAGUGUUUGUUAUGAAAUGGCAGUACGGCUGCAUGUCUCUCACAACGUGCAGGCGCUAAAGUCGAUUAACCGAAGAAAGUACUCGUCUGCUGGUCAAUCAAUGUACAAUUAAAACUUUUUCAUCAUUCUAAUGUCAUGUUCAUUUAAAAUACCCCCUCCCCCAAAAAAGGAAAAAAAGGAAGUCCAACACUUUACUCAGAACAAUUUCAUAAUGAGCGAAGUAAAACCAAGCUGCAUCCAAGACCUAAAGAUGCCAGAAGACCCGCCUCCCGACCAGAACUUGGAGAAUUCUGCUCAACAGCAGGAUGACUCUACAGCUAAGUUCCAUGUGGACAAGACUCUCAUUCCGUCGGCUCACCUAGCAGAAAUGAAUGAAGAUAAAGAAUUGGAAGAGCUGGGCCUGACAGUCUUCAAUCAAGAAGAUUUUGAGGAAGGUGUUAUGGCACAAGUGGACAUGGCAUUAGCAAAAGAAGAAGAGGAACAAAGAAAAAGAAAGCUUCAGAAGGAAGAAACAGACAUUAAAUAUGAUAUAGCAAAAGCUAAGAAAGAGAUAGAGACUUUGGAUAAAGUGUUGUCAACUCUUGGAAAUGCUGCAGGAAACAGCCAUGUUAGAAACAGAUUGGUCACUGUACAGAGCCAACGAGAAAAUAAGUUAAGUCAGUUGAAAACUUUGUACACAAGACAGAGAGCUUUGCAGAUAAAGAUAAAUGGAUCCUCAGAGAUUCCACAUGAGGAUCUCCUCUCACAAGAUGGUGCAGAAUUAAACAAACUGCUUGGCCUGAAAUCAACUGGCGAGACAGAGAAAGAGAAAAUGAUCCGAUUAGGUCAAAUGACUCCAUUUGGCACUGUCAUCACAUCCUCAGCAGACAAAGACUCAAAAUCUGAUGGUAUGCUGAAGACUAUGGGGAGUGAAGACACAGCUAAUCCUUCAGGAGGUAAAACAAGAAAAGCCCAUGUCAGAGACUCUGAAGCAUCUUCAUCACAAAACAGGGACAAAUCUGAAAACUUUUUUGACUCAAGAGACCAAAGGACAUAUCGUAAUGAUACUGAAGGGUCAUUUUACAAACACAACUAUCGGAGUAAGAGAAGGUACUCAAGAAUUGGCACAAACUUCCGAGAGGAUUCGGCCCUGAGUGAUGAGGACAACUGUUACCUUGAUGAUCCAGAGGGGGCUCUGUCGGAUGGUGAGGAAUAUCGGCCAGAGGAGGGUGAUUUGAUGGGGACCAGUUCUGAGGACUCCGGCUUAGAGGAUGCAGCACCUGAUACUUCCGAUAGUGGUAUAAAGAAAAGAAGGAAGAAAACACCAAUUAAACCCAAAAAACCACCUAAAUAUUUGGUGUCCAGUGGAGAUGAGGGUGAGGAUUUUGCCAUAGCAAGCAAAAGGAAGAUAAAUCGGGACAUUAUGGAGAGGAGGGGGAAGGAUGAUGGUGAUGAAAGCUUCUACCACAUGCGAUUAGAGGCGUUUAAUGAAGAGGAAAAGAAGAGGAUGAAGAAGGUGGCUUCAGGUGAAAUUGAUGAGGAGAGUGAUGAAGAGCUGGAAGGAGGCCUGAAAGUUCCCAGUAGAAUAUGGUCCAAGUUGUUUAAUUACCAGAGAGUUGGUGUGAGCUGGCUCUGGGAGCUGCACUGCCAGUCAGCAGGGGGGAUAAUCGGGGAUGAGAUGGGUCUUGGCAAAACCAUCCAAAUGAUUGCAUUCUUAGCAGCUCUCAGACAGAGCAAACUCGCAUCCAAGCACUUCAAAUAUCGUGGUCUAGGACCUGUCAUCAUUGUGACCCCGACCACUGUGAUGUCUCAGUGGGUUAAAGAGUUCCACAAGUGGUGGCCAUUGUUCAGAGUAGCUAUUCUGCACUCCUCUGGGUCAUUCACGGGUGCUGAGGAGGACCUGAUUUGGAGCAUCGUAAAGGACAGGGGGGUUCUCAUCACUUCCUUCACCACACUGGUCGUCCACCAGGAUAAGGUCCUCCCCUACGACUGGCAUUAUGUGGUGCUGGACGAGGGCCACAAGAUCAGGAACCCCGACGCCCAGGUCACACAGGCGUGCAAACAGUUCCGGACACCACAUCGCAUCAUUUUGUCUGGUUCCCCUAUCCAGAACAACCUGAAGGAGUUAUGGUCCUUGUUCGACUUUGUGUUUCCAGGGAAACUUGGCACUCUACCAGAUUUCCUGCAGCAUUUCUCUAUUCCUAUCGUACAAGGAGGUUACGCCAAUGCAACAGAAAUCCAGGUGCAGACAGCUUACAAAUGUGCGUGUGUGUUGAGAGAUACCAUCAACCCAUAUUUGCUGAGAAGGAUGAAAGCAGAUGUCAAAAUUGAUCUGCCAUCAAAAAAUGAACAGGUUUUGUUCUGUCGACUGACGGAUGAGCAGAGGGAUGUGUAUCUAGAGUACCUCCAGUCCCGGGAGUGUCAGGCCAUCCUGUCUGGAAAGUACCAGAUUUUUGCUGGACUGAUAACCUUGAGGAAGAUCUGUAAUCAUCCAGACAUUUGCACGGGAGGACCCAAACUGUUAAUAGGGGAGGAUACUCAAGGGGACCCUACCCUAGAGUACGGCUACUGGAAGCGGUCAGGCAAGAUGAUUGUCGUGGAGGCGCUGCUGAAACUAUGGAAACAACAGGGGCAUCGGGUCCUUCUCUUCAGCCAGAGCAGAGCUAUGUUGGACAUCUUUGAGUCCUUUGUACAGAAUCAGAAAUAUUGUUAUCUACGAAUGGACGGUGGCACCCCGAUCUCGUCCCGACAGGCCCUGAUCACCACUUAUAAUGAGGACCCAUCAAUCUACCUAUUCCUGCUGACCACUCGUGUGGGUGGGUUGGGAGUGAAUCUGACCGGAGCCAAUCGGGUGAUCAUCUUUGACCCUGACUGGAAUCCGAGCACAGACACACAGGCACGGGAGAGGACGUGGAGGAUUGGGCAGACCAAGCAGGUGACCAUCUACAGACUGCUGACCUCGGGCACCAUCGAGGAGAAGAUCUACCACAGGCAAAUCUUCAAACAGUUCCUGACCAACAGAGUUUUAAAGGAUCCCAAACAGAGAAGGUUCUUUAAAUCAAAUGACCUGUAUGAAUUGUUUGAACUUGGAAGUAAAGGCAACAAAGAAGGGACAGAAACAGGGGCCAUCUUUGCUGGGACAGGGUCAGAGGUUAAAAGGUCAGAUGUAAAGAAGAGAGCCAAUCGUUUUGAUCUCCUUAGAGAAGAGAAAGCAAAACAAUUGAAGGAGAAAGAAGAGGAGGAAGAGGAUCAGUACUUUGAGGAGACAGAGAUCCAGAGAAUGAGAGAGCUUGCCAAGAAGCUCAGUGCCAAAUUAAUGAAGACAAAACCAGAGGAGGAAGUAGCUAAUGUCAAAGAUGAAAAAAGUGACAGUGCAGGAGUGGAGUCUGCAGACUUUGUCCAGCCAGAACUACGGGAUUCCAAAGACACGGUGAAAAAUGGUGCAUUCAAGAAUGAGGACUAUAAAAUCCCAUCCACAAGCAAUUCAAGUGAUCUCUCCUACAGAAAAGAUAGGACUACUUGUGAUGAAGUUAAGGAAAAAUCAAAAUCAAAUCAUCAUCAUCAUCAUAAAAAAUCUACCUCUGACAAACAUGAAUCUAGUCAUCACAAACAUUCCCACCAUAAAAGUCACAAACACCACAAAAAACACAAGCACAAAAGGAAGGAGCGAGACACGGAAUUUGAGGGAGAGAAGAUACCUCAUUUGGUGAAAAAAGAUGUGUACAAACAAAGCAAAGAGAAAGAAGAAGAGGACAAAAAAGUAAUGGAUGACUAUGUCCUACAUAAACUCUUCAAAAAAGGGAUAGACACAGCCAUGCAGCAUGAUGUGAUUAUGGAUCCAUCUAAACACGACUACAUGAUAGUUGAGAACGAGGCUGCUAGGGUUGCUAGGGAGGCUGCAAAGGCACUAAAAAGGUCAAGGUCAUUUUGUAACAAUGCAAUCACAGGGCUCCCUACAUGGACUGGACAGUCAGGGAUUAAAAAGCCAAGAUUUGGGCAGAAGAAGAAUAGCAUCUUAGUUGACUCCACAAAGAAGACAGAGUCUGCGCCUACUGCCACAGUGUCCUCGAUGAAGAAAAGCAUGUCUGAGUCGUCAAAUCAGCACUUUGAUGGAACUCUGGCUGGUAACGUGGUGAAGGAUCUGAAAACAGGACAGACCUCAACAAGUACCAUGACCUCUGACCUCCUCCUCAACCAAAUGAAGAAGAGGAAUGAACUCGUGGCGACACCUGGCGAAGAAGGGGAGGAGGAGGACAUGGGAGAUAACUCCUCUACAGUGAUAGACUCAGACUCGUACAAACUCAUCUCAGAAAUAAAGAACUUUAUUCUCUUUGGUUGUAGCAUGAUGGGGAAAGCUACCACUCAGGAAAUCCUGGACGAGUUCGGCUCAAAAUUACCUCCAUCUAAUUCUGCCUUGUUUAAAGCCAUGUUGAACAAAAUAUGUGUGUUUGAACGAAACAAUGGCAUAGGAUUUUGGAAACUCAAGAAUGAAUUCCGAUAAUUUUAAGAGGUGAAAAUUCCAUUUUUUUGUGUUCAGAAGUAUUUUACAACAGUUUGCUGUGAUUAUUUUUCAGGGAUGUUUACAAAAAAAUUCAAUCUUGAAGAACAGAAAGUGGUUUUAAAACAUUUUGUAAAUGGUUAAGUCAGAGUUCUCCCAAGAUGAUUUGAUUAUGUCUUCCAUUAUCUACUGGGUAUGCUUUUCCUGUACAUUGUACUACAUGUACUGUGUAUUAGGUGUAAUCCAAUGUCGAAAUGGGUACAAUUAUACUUUUUUUAUACAUCAUUUUUUGAAGAACACUUUGAAUAAAAUAAAUUGAAAUCGUAUUUUUGUUCAUUAUUUGAUGCAUACAAAAUUUGUAUUACAAAUACAGCUUAUAUAUCAAAGAAGAGUAUUAGAAUGCAGGUAUGUCAAAUUUUAACCUAAUGAAGUGGUCUUGGUCAAAAUUUAGAAAUGUUUCAAUAAUAUAAAGAUGUAAUACUAGUAAUGUUAUAAUACAGUUAUUAAAACAUGUAAUUGUUGAAGUAAUAUUAAGUUGUAACACAAGAAAAGUUUAAUGCAAAACAUAGAAGUGUUGUAAAACAUGUACAUGUAAGUUGUAUAAUGUUGAAAUACAAGUUAUAAUGCAGGUAAGUGUUGUAAAACAUACAAGAGUUGUAAUGCAUGUAAAGUUGUAAUGCAUGUAAAGUUGUAAUCCAUGUUAUGUUGUAAAGCAUGUAAUGUUGUAAAGCAUGUACCUGUAAGUGCUGUAACAAAAACAAUUGUUGUAAUACAUGUUCAGUUGUAAAGCAUAUAUUUUAAUAUUACUACAUUAAGAGUUUUAAUGCAUGCAAGAGUUGUAAUGCAUGUAAAUGUUGUAAUACAUGUAAAGUUGUAAUCCAUGUAAUGUUGUUAAUGCAUUUAAAGUUGUAAAACAAGUAAGUUUUAAAUGCAUGUACAUGUGCUUUAUUACAUAUAAAGUUGUAAUGCAAGUAAAGUUAUACAUGUAAUAUAGGUAAGUGUUGUAAUACAAGAGUUGUAAUACAUGUAAUUAUUGUAAUACAUGUAACGUGUUAUAAUGUACCAAAGGCAGUAAGAGUCAACAAUCAACAAAUCAAAUAAAAUUUACAAUUCAA